CGUAACAUGAAGUAACGAAACAUGGUUACAAAAAUGCCACGUCCACAACUCACCCUGUACUUCGACCUUCACAGCCCUUACACAUACCUCGCCUUCUACUUAAUCCAUACCUCUCCAGUCUUCGAACAAUGCGACAUCACAUACAUUCCCGUCUUACUCGUGGCGUUCAUCAAGGCAGUGGGCCUUCAACCACCAUGGAGUAGUCCCAACAAACCAUCAUACAUGUCAACGGACAUCGCUCGGUGGGCUCGCGACUACAACAUCCCGUGGAUGCCAGGGUGGCCGGCGAACUAUCCAUUCAAAUCGACCACCUUGAAGGCUGAAAGACUGUUGACGGCGUGUUCGCUGGAAUGUCCGAAGCAGUAUCCCGACAUAAUUGCGGCCCUCUAUCACGCUUUCUGGGUGGAGAAAAAGGCCGUGCAGCUGCCCGAAGUAUACGAGCCGAUCGCGGUAGAAUUUUUGGGCGAGGAAUCGGCGAAGAAGGUCAUUAACAGGAGCUCUACGGAAGAAAUCAAAAACCUACUUAAAUCCAAUACAAAUGAUUGCAUAGCUAGUGGCUCCCCGGGUGUUCCAUGGCUCAAGGCUGUUAAUACACAAGGUGAAGAAGAGUUCUACUGGGGCUUUGACCAUCUCGGACAAGUGGCUCGACAUUUGGGCCUGGAUAAAUUGAAAGGCCCCCAUCUAUAA